AUGGCCCAAGCCGACUCCAACUCGACCUCCGAGUUCGGCACCGACGCCCACUUCCAGGCAUUCCGCGCUCCCGACGAAAAAGAACUUAUCCUCAUCCCUGUCUCGUUACACCCAACCUUGAAUGAGCUCUAUGUCAUUUGGUCUGACAUCGCCAACUGUUUUCCAGAGACCAGACGAAUUCAGUUCAGGAAUGUAUAUGUUCCCUUGUUGAGGGAUACCCGACUCUACAGGGUGAAACCACAUGGGAUCAAGUAUCACCCAGGCAUCGUGCUGGAUAUCGUCUACGGGAAGAGACCUUCAUCAGCGAACAUUGACGUCAACAAUAACAACGGCAAGACGAACAGGAUCAGUGAUACCCAGGACACCAGUGUCAAGAUCGAGGAUCAUUUUGCUGGAGCGACGCCGCCUGAUCAGGAUCGGAGUAGCAAUGGCCAAGCCAAGAAGGAAGAGAGCCUCGGUGAUUAUGUCGGAGGGGAGGCUGUAGCAAGGGUUCAGGAUAGGGCUGUUGAUGGUGAGCGAGAGGAGAAACGCAAGGGCAACGACGAAGGCGACUGUGCGGACGAGGAGUCAGAGACACAGGUCGAGGAACAGGAGGAGGACAGUACAGUCGGAACGGAUGCCAUGUCAGACGACAGUGCCACACAAUCAACACAACAAUCAACGAAGCACCAAACAGAACAGUUCAAAGAACAGCCAGGAGCACGGACAAUAGAGUACCCAAUAGAGCAGGCAACCCGACCGGCGACCAAGCAGGCGACACUCACAUCUGCACCCAAUCUACCUCCAGCCAUGGACAGCGAGAAGGCGAAAAUCAAGGAAGGUUCAUCACCAGUGCAGGAGUUACCGGUCGUCCACACCCGUCGGAAACUGCCAUUCACUAUCGAGGACGUGGUCAAGCAUCGCGUCAAGGAUAUCCUCAAGGCGCGGUACUCCUGGACUCAACAUUGCGGUCACUCGAGGUUCUUCUGCUUCCUUCCCAGGGUCAUGCCAACACCGACAGGAGAAGUGGCCGCUCCUGGAAUCCAAAGCAACACCGAUUUUGAGUUUUUCGACCUCUGUGAUUGCGCGGAUGUUCCUGGAUCCAAGGGCGAUUGGAAACCUCACUGGAUCGGCAAAAAGAUUAACGACUCAUUCUAUCCAGUUUCGGCAGAGGACCUCAGUCAGGAUCAGGUCCGUGGCCUCCUUCCUCUGGUGGGGGACUACGUGAUGGGAGUGCUCGAGAUGCUCGAAUACGGCAUCUACAUCGACAAGAUUCCUCAGGAUGUUGCUUACAGAAUCUCCUCUGCGAUCGAGUACCUGGAGUCGAAAGGCGUUCGGUCAUGCGAGCGAUUUAUGGCAGAGUUGGCAUCUUCUGACCCUGCAGUUGCCAUUUCCGAGUCCAUGCUGGAACAACUACCACCCAUCGCUGCACUGGACGAGAAGGCUUUGGUCGAGCUCAAGGACAGGCUCGAGCGAUACUAUAACGAGGAUGAAUACUCUGACCUGUACCCUUUUAGGACGUCAGAAGGCGACAUCCGACGGAUGUGUGAGACUCACUGGAAGAGCAUGUGGUUGGACAAGGAGCUGGAAGAUACACUUGAGGAUUUUCACGACAACUCAAUGUCGAUCGAGAGCCGCUAUGAACCCCUCUUUGGGAUUUGGAGUAUGCGGGUGAAGAACCUGCAAAGGGCGCUGGAGUAUUUCAAGUUAUCGGAGAAGGUGACAUGGAUGCCUGUGUUUACGAUCUGGCUGGAUUGGGAUUUGACGGAGAAGGAUGAGGAGCAGCUUGCUCAGGCGGUCGAUCUACUUACAGCAGCGGUGUUCCAUGUGCUUGCUCGACGCAGAGAGGUGACGCGGGAGGACAUCAGACUGGGAUUCGGCUGUGGAUAUUCGCUAUUGAUCGGAUCGGCCUUGGAGAAUCCGAACAUCGAGACGUUCUCUUUGUCGACGCAAGAGCCCAACACCGAGUACGACUAUCAUGAGUAUGGCGAGGGAUUCGACACGCUCCAGAUGUAUGAGCCAAGAUCUCAAGACCGGAUCGCGAUGGUGGAACGCGGAGUGAAGGGUGCCAAGAUGAAGGCGAUGUUGAUGGCGUCCGACAUGGAUCUUGCGCUCGAGACGGUGCCUGGGCUCGUUGGUGGAUAUGGUCGCUUUUCGGAGUUGCGCAUAGGAUUGAUCGCCACCCACCCGGACCAUAUCACGAUCAAGGUUGCAGAGUCCAGUGCCCAGGAGGAUACGACCAUCACCAGAGGUGACUUGGUUUCGUUCUUUGAGAGGCGACAGUGGCGUGACGAGAUCAGCAUUGUGUCCAACCUCCAAUUCGAACGCAACGCUUUCCUUGCAGGCUAUCUGACUGUGGCAACCUUCCAGGUGUUGCUAUUGAAGAGUGGGCCCGCCAUCCGAUCAUUGAUCACGCUCAAUAAGCACCUCAAGUCCCUUACUCUGGAGAGCUUGUCGCCUAUCUACAACCCAAGUCAAGCCUAUGAAACCUGCAAGCAGCCCCUUUUCGACCAUCCAACCAUCGAGUUGUUCAGGAUUACUUGUCCUAAUGAAGUACCGAGGCCUUCGACAUUCGCAUGGAGGAACCCCAACGACCCGGACAGGAUGCGCGUGGAUAUUUUCUGCUGUCGAGCAGACGAUGUGGAGGCGAUGUUCCAACGGUAUGCGCCUCUGAUUGAUCGGCUUGAGGUGGAGUGGCUCAGCUCAACGGAUGCGGUGGCUUUGGAGAAGAUGGCGAGGCGCAAGAAGAGGCCGCUUGCACCCAAGUACAUGUCUAUCAAGGAUGUCCAUUUGCUGGAGCCAGCUGUUCGUACAAUCCUUCAGGAAGUUAUUGCCAAGGGAACGAUGGAGAGUGUAGUAGUCCAAGGAACAAUCAUGCCUCAGGUGGGGGUUCUGCGGAAUGGUGCGAAGGAGGACGUGUCUAAACUUGCGGUCAGGCUGGAGGCAAACGUCAAGAUUUGGGCGCAGUUUUUGGGGGCGAUCCGGUGCAAGGUGACCGAGUUGACUGUGCAGGACGGCGCAAAGAAGCAGUUCCUUAAGGAGAUGGAGUUGCAGAUCCCCAUGCUGCCGGACAUGCCUCGAUUGAAGAAGCUUCAUCUCUCAUGUGCAGCAGCAGAACUGAAUCUGUUCAAAAUGCCCUGGCUCCGGCUGCUGCUCCUGUACAAAGGUCCCAAGCCUCAAGAGGUCGACCCGUCCAUGAGGGAUCCUUUCAGAACACACGCCCUGAAUGUCUUUGCACAGAGGAGCCAGUUACCGGAUCUGCGUGCGAUUACCGACGUGCGGCUGAGGGAAGUGACGAUGGGCGCAGAGGAUUGGAAACAGUUCCUUCCGAUGGUGGAGUUCUCGCAGGUGGUCAAGUUUGAGGUCCACCAGAAGAACGUGUUGCCGAAGGAGACGCUGCUGCAGAUUGCCGAUUUUGUUCCGAUAGGCAGUCCGGUGUUGAAGAGCUUUGUUGUGAUCGACGGCAAGGGCACGGACGACGACACCUCUGCGGCUCUGGAGGCCAAGUUUGGGCCUCCAAAGCUUGAUGGCGUCGAGCGGGCGUUUAUCAACCUCAACUGGUUCAUUAUUUAA